UUCAUUCAGAGGAUGUUUCAGACAAUAUGGAGGACAUAGUAGAGGACUGUAGAGGAGCAUUUAACCUCGGUAUCACAAGGCCGCUGCAAUGGAGGAUGAUUCAACUGAAAAAUCUGCUGCGAAUGUUGGAUGAAAAGAGUUCCAUCUUUGCUGCUGCUCUAGCCAAGGAUCUUCGGAAACCGAAUCAAGAAGCACUGUGUCUAGAAGUUGAUUAUUUGAAGAAUGAUGUCAGAGGGUGUAUCAACAAUAUUGGGGACUGGACACAGGAUAACUACGUUGAGAAGAAUAUUUUGACUCUGUUGGAUCAAACAUUAGUCCAUUAUGAUCCUCUUGGAGUAGUUCUUAUCAUGGGAGCUUGGAACUAUCCUUUACAGCUCUCCCUAGCUCCACUAGCAGGUGCGAUAUCUGCCGGAAACUGUGUCAUCAUAAAACCAUCAGAGUUGGCCCCAGAGACAGCUAAGGCUAUUGCAGACUUAAUUCCUCAAUACCUGGACCCUCAUUGUUUCAAGGUAGUAACUGGAGGAAUACCAGAAACAACGGAACUAUUGGAGCUAAGAUUCGACUACAUAUUCUUCACUGGCAGUUCGACAGUAGGGAAGAUUGUCCGUGAAGCGGCAAAUAAACAUCUAACACCGGUUACUCUAGAACUUGGUGGAAAGAGUCCUGUUUAUAUCUGCGAUAGUGCUGAUGUGGAGAAAACUGCUAAAAGGUUAGUUUGGGCAAAGUUGAUAAAUCUCGGGCAAACCUGUAUUGCUCCUGAUUACGUUCUUUGCUCUAAAGCUAUGGAGCAAAAAUUUAUUUCAAAGGCACAGGAACUGGUGAAAGAAUGGUAUGGUGAGGACCCACAGAAAAGUUCCAACCUUUGCAGAAUUGUCAACAGGCGUAAUUUUGAUCGAUUGGCUGAUAUUCUAAAGAACACCAAGGGAACUGUAAUAGGAGGAAGGAUGGAUAAAGAUGAUCUAUUUAUCGAACCAACCAUGAUAACAGGGAUUGACGCCCAGGAUUCGACAAUGCAAGUUGAACUGUUCGGGCCUAUUAUGCCUUUCAUAACGGUCAAAAACAAGGAGGAAGCUGUUGAGUUUAUAAAUGCUCGGGAUAAACCUCUGAGUCUCUACGUGUUCACAAACAACAAGGAUGUAUCUGCUCUGUUUAAAGAGAAAACGAGUAGUGGAAGUAUGGUGAUUAACGAUGCCAUAGUUCAUCUCUCUGUAGAUACCCUACCGUUCGGGGGUGUGGGACCUAGUGGGAUGGGAUCCUACCACGGGAAGUUCACUUUCCUCACCUUCUCCCACCAGAAAUCAGUUUUAGUCAGAGAUUUCAGCGGAUUUGGUGAGAUGCUUGGAGCUAGUAGGUAUCCACCAUACUCCGACAACAAGAUCAAAACCCUCGGGUUUCUUGUCAAGAACAGGAAGAUUCCUGGUUUUGUGAAAUGGGUUCCCUAUCUCUCCUGUUUUCUAGCUGGUGGGGCAGCCGCAGUAAUGUACAAGUACAUGGCGAACAUGUACAAUUUGGAUAUGCCGGAUUGGUUCUAGUUCAUCGAAAUGAACAAUGAACAUUAGACUAAACAUCAUUGGACUGUACUUUGUUGUACUGUGCGAUGUAAUUAAUCAAAACUGAAUUAUGGGUUAUAAUAGCAACAUUAAUGUAUACGUAAAUACCAAAUAUGUUUAAUGUUAUAUAAUAACAAUUUUUGCCAUUCUUCUGAUAAUGAUUAUGCCACAUUUUAAAUCAAAAUCCUACUGACACAGAUAUAUUUUUUACCAAAUCAUAUAUAUUUUUUAAAGGAAAUUUUUUAGAUUUCUGCCAAAUACUGUCAGCUUUAGUUAUUUCUAAUCUAUAUUAACCACUCGUUUUUGCAUGUGUUGUACCAAAAAUGCAGGUUCUGAGACUGCAGCUUUUGUAAUGACUGAACUAAUCUUUUCGAAUAAAGUUCAACUCUUCAA